UUCAUUUGUAAAAAGAUAUUGGAAAAAAUACUAACAAUCUUUGUUUUGGUGUUUAGAAAAAUUGAAUCAUCAAAGCAAAGCUUAAAACUGAAAUCUUAUGUUACGAUAACUGCASUCGAAGCGUUGGUACUUAUUUGUUAUUGUGCCAAUUUACAAUUUACUUUGCAAAAGAUUUCUGGAGAUGUAGAAAACAUCUUGACCAAAAGUCUCAGCAAAUAUGCCACAAAUAGAACUUGGCGAUUAUUUUGGGAUCAAUUUCAACAACACUAUUAUUGUUGCGGUAGUUCUCAAAAAACUAAUUGGUUCCAAACAGCUUGGGUUUCACCUAUUGCAGUAACCUCACUUUCAAUACUAAAAAAAUGUACACAACAAAAUGGAAAAUUCAUUAUACUGGCUGCACCCAUAAGUUGUUGUUUACCUGACGCUAUUUGCAAUACAUUCAUCGAUUCUGAACAACCUGAUCCAGAAAAAUAUUUUCCAAAUAGUUGUUCUUCAAUAAUAGUUAAUCAAAUAAACUCUAUAUCAUACACAAGAUACUCAUUUUAUGCUACAUUAGUUAUUCAGAUUAUUUCUGCUGUCGUAAGAUAUGAAGGUUACAUAGAAAACAAUAAUAAUCCAAAAUCAAAAUUAUAGAAGAUAUAUAUUUUUUAUAUCUUAGAAGAAAAUAUUAGUGUCUUACUGUCUUAACUUAAUUAAAUUACUUUUAUAAUGUUACCAUUGUUUAUGAAUAUCACAUCAAUGUAUUUUUUAAUUAGUCCGAGUUAAAUGGUGUUCUGAAUCAGU